CAGUCGGACAUUGCCCCAAUCAAUUGCACCCUGUUUCCACGCUCCACACUCCAUAUGCAUGCUGUCGCCUCUUUUGGGGACUGCUACAGACCACGAUCGUCAUUCUCGAAACCCAUGCAGGCUUCUGAUUAGCCUAGCGCGACGCUUAGAACGCCUAAGCGUCCUAAACUGGCCCGCGGCGGCGUUGAAGCUCAAGCAGGCGACAUUUGCGCUUCUGGAUCCUGGUAGUCCAGUAGGGUAUGCCCGCAGACUGACACGGUCGUGCGUGCGGGCUGGCUCUUGCACUGAACAGACAACGGUCGACCGGCCUUUCUUAUGUCCACUCAGCCGAGAUCGAUAUACACCGGAGCCGCGCCGUCAUCUGCGAAUUCUGAGGACCGCCGCCGCUUGAGCACUCCCGAAUAUCACGAGGCCUUGAAUCCACCACCAGCGCGCUCGCAACCCCCCACGCCCACCGAGCCGCGAUCCAGCGCACUGCUCCCGCCAAGUGAGCGCCCAUGGUCGUUGAAGAACCCGCUUGACAUUCGCGCAUCGACCCCGCGUCUCUCUGCGCUUGCGCCCUCGUUUGGUGGUGGUGAGGCAUUCAAGGCACCGCAACCCGUUACGCCGCCCGCAGUCGCUGGCUCUAAGAGAUCAGCCCCGCGCACACGUAAAGACACACCCGCAAGCGAACCUCUGCACAAGCGCCGACGAGUACAGACACGCGCACGCCACUCGCUCGACAAUUUCGCCUGCGCCAGCAGCCGGCCACUCUACUACGACGGACAACCAGUCUCACCGCUGUUCUUCUCGUCCAAGCGCGCGCGCCCACACCUGCCCGCGCGGUUCUCCAGCUCCGAGGCUGCUGCGAGGAUGCUGAGCAAGACACGCGGCGAGGAUGGCGGCAUCAAAACAGUAACAUUGGCUCGGGGGACAUUCAGCGGUCUUAGCCCGCCUGGUACGACGAGUGUCACGAGCGGGCGAAGCUCUGAACGCUCGAGUCUCCCUCGCACAUCCUCACCAGAUGCGCGCGACCGGGGGGAUCCUCUGAAGCUUCUGGGCUCUGUUGGCGUGGUCGAACUGCUUGAACACGACACAAGACCCACCUUCAUCGUGGACAUUGGCGACCACACUAACUAUACGCCGGACUCGUCUUCCUUGCACAUCCUCUUCGCCAACAACGCCUUGCGCUCGGAUUCGUCGAUAUGGGAGACGGUUGCUGGGAAGCCGCCUGAACAGCCUACGGACGAGGCAGCUUCACACCCAACCGCUCAAUUUCGUGCCUGGUUAUUAUCCACUGCCACACCAGGUGACAAUCCGGAUACAAACCCUUCUCCUGUCGAGCAUGGUGGCACGGUGUGGUCGUGUUACACACUGAGGAGGCGUUUACGAGUUGUUUCUGGAGCAACGCCACCUCUACCUAUUGCUCAAGUACCAUCCACGAGCCGCUCAUUGGAAUUCGCAAUACCUUCGGCAUCGUCGGUAGGGUAUCCUUCAGGGCACACGCUGGACACUGCGAAUCAGGCUGGGGAGCAACAGGAUUACUUCGGUGUUCCAGCAAUCCAAGGGAGCGAGGAGCCAAAUCCGCUGAAUGCCAUGGCGCAUAACCACAUGAGCAACGUAGCGAUCAGCGCAUCCAGUCAUUCUAGUGGGUCAAAAUCACACCUUGACCAUCCAAGUCUACUUUCAAUUGAGGAUCCGUCCUUCACAAACGAGUGCGUUCUCAGGGCUCACAGUGCAGGCGACGUUGACUCUUUCCAUAGAGAACCAAAAGCAGCCGAGGAUCACGACAUGGGCUUCUUCGACUGGACGAGGCUUUCAUUAGCGACCUGCUUACCGAGACACAUACAAUUCGCUCGCUCUAUAGAUUGGGCCUCGACACCACUGGGACCCAUCGAGUACUGGUCGAACGAUCUUCGAGCCAUGUGUAAUCUUAUUAUGGCAAGCCCUCAUCCAGCUGCUAUGUACUGGGGAGAUGAACUAGUCGCUAUAUAUAACGAGGCAUAUAUUGGAUUGGCUGGCCAGAAACAUCCUACACUAAUGGGUCAAAGUUACAAAGUCGCUUGGGCCGAGAUCUGGGACGAAGUCAAAGACGUUUUUACUAAUGCUCGCAUCACGGGUCAAGCCACGAUGAAGGACGAUGAUUGUCUGUUCAUGAAACGGAGUGGUUUCUUGGAGGAGACGUACUUCUCAUGGUCAAUCAUUCCCAUGGUUGGAGAAGACGGUACCGUGAUGGGGUUGUACAAUCCAGCGUUCGAGAAGACAAGGCGAAAGAUUGCCGAACGGCGAAUGCUUACUCUUCGCGAAGUCGGUGAACGAACUGCGAUGGCAAGAGACGUCAAAGGUUUCUGGGAUCAGGUUCUUAUUGCACUGACCGAGAACGAGUUUGACACACCCUUCGUCAUGUUAUACUCAGUCUCCGACGAGAACGACAGCGAUUCUUCUUCCCUUCACUCUAGCAGUAUGAUGGGCGUCAAGCACUGUUACCUCGAAGGAUCUUUAGGAGUGCCAAGUGGCCAUCAAGCUGCUCCGGAACAGAUCGAUUUAAAAGAAGGCCACGAAGGCUUUGGACCUGUCUUCCGCGACGUCAUGAAGACUAAUAAACCUGCUGUCAUCAGCAUUGGAUCGGUCGACCUCCCUGCGUCUAUGAUGGACGGCCUUGAAUGGCGAGGUUUUGGUGACGCCUGUCGGGACGUAGUGGUAUGCCCUGUUCAUCCCACUACAGGAGAAACAUUCCUGGGCUUUCUGGUGAUGGGUGUCAAUCCGCGCAGGCCUUACGACGAUGAUUACAGUCUCUUUGUUCAGCUCUUGAGCCGGCAGCUCGCGACAUCCCUCGCAUCGGUUGUGUUGUUUGAGGAGGAGAUUCGAAGAGGCCGGAAAGCUGCGAAGUUGGCAGCCGAGGAUCGAUUCAACCUGUCCACACAGCUUGCAGCUCGUACACAAGAAGCUCGAGAGAACGAAUUGAGAUUCACCAGGAUGGCAGAGUACUCGCCUGCAGGCUUAUUCAUUGCCGAUCACGCUGGACGCAUCACCUACUGUAACGAUACAUGGUUCGAGAUAUCCCGGGUACCAAAGGAACGGAACAAGACGGAUAGAUGGAUCGAGUACGUCAAAGAUGAGGAUCAGAAGCUUAUUCGGGACCAUUGGAAACGCCUUGUCGAAAAUACCGCUCCGAUCAAUGUCGAGUUUAGAUUCAAAGCUCCGUGGGAAGAUCGUAGUUCAAAAGCGACAAGCGACACAUGGGUGCUUUUCAGUGCUUUCCCAGAAAAGGAUGAGAGUGGUCAGCUCAAGAGCGUUUUUGGAAGCAUUACCAAUAUCAGUCCUCAGAAGUGGGCUGAAGGGUUCCAGAAGCGAAAGAUGGAAGAGGCCGUCGAGCUCAAACGGCAGCAAGAAAACUUCAUGGACAUUACGAGUCACGAAAUGCGAAAUCCGCUCAGCGCCAUCCUGCAAUGUGCUGACGAAAUCUCAACAAUUCUUGGCGAGUUCCGGCAAUCUGGUCUGCGAACUAUCGAACCUGGGAUCGUUACCAACUCGAUCGAUGCUGCUCAAACCAUUGCUCUUUGCGCACAGCAUCAGAAGAGAAUCGUUGAUGAUGUUCUGACGUUAUCGAAACUCGAUAGUGCGAUGUUAAUGGUUACUCCGGUCGAUGCACAGCCGUUGCAAGUCAUUCAGCGGGCCUUGAAAAUGUUUGAGGGUGAAGUCCAAACAGCUGGCAUUCAGAUGGAGUUUGUGCUUGGCAACUCUUUCAAGAUGUUGAACAUUGACUGGGUCAGAAUUGAUCCGUCCCGAGUACUGCAGGUCCUCAUCAACUUGACCACCAACGCGAUCAAGUUCACUUCUACUGAAGAGACUCGCACCAUCACCGUCGUGCUCUCAGCGUCUACGACUCGGCCAUCGGCCAGUAGGUCACCCGUCGUGAGCUAUUUCCCUAUGAAGUCGAAAGGCAUAGACCAGACCCUUGGUCCAGACUGGGGCGACGGGGAAGAAGUCUUUCUCGAGUUCCUUGUUCAGGACACAGGGAGAGGUCUCAGUGCAGAGGAACUCAAACUCCUUUUCCAGCGCUUCUCUCAGGCGAGCCCACGCACACAUGUCCAGUAUGGUGGAUCUGGGCUUGGUCUGUUCAUCUCUCGCGAGCUGACCGAACUACAAGGUGGCGAGAUUGGUGUCUCUUCAGAAGCUGGUAAAGGCAGCACGUUUGCCUUUUACGUCAAGGGCCGUAGAAGCUCGGAGCCCAACAAACCUAUCGACAGUGUUCCCGCCGCUGUGACAUUAUCUCGAAAGGUGUCAAAUGCGAGAGACAGAGGGCGUCCAGAAGUACCCAAGAUCAAGGAUUUCGCUGCUCAAGCACCAGUCACUCCAACAAUGGAGAGACCAAAAAGUCCUUACGCACACCUUCGCGUUCUGAUUGUUGAAGACAACCUUGUGAAUCAAAAAGUUCUACAGCGCCAACUUCAGAAUCGCGGCAUAGCAACGACCGUCGCUAAUCACGGUGGAGAGGCCAUAACGAUUUUGUCCUCUUCAUCCUACCAUGCCUCCUCCGGCCCUGACGCGCCGGACCUUGGCGUUGUACUCAUGGAUAAAGAAAUGCCAGUGAUGGAUGGGUUAGCAUGCACCACCAAGAUUCGGGAGAUGGAGCGCAAAGGCGAGCUAAGACGACAUGUGCCGAUCAUUGCGGUCACCGCGAAUGCACGAAGCGAACAGAUUGCGACUCUGCUCGCAGUAGGCAUGGAUGAUGUGGUCUCCAAACCGUUUAGAAUCGGUGAGCUGGUUCCCAAGAUCGAGGAACUGAACGCGAAGUACUGUAGCGAGAAGAGUGGGAGGGAGGCGUUGCAGGAGAAGGCACUGCAGGCGACUGACAGCGGAGUGAGCUUCGAUGAACCGAAGAAGCUCAGCACGUAGACGUCGAGAACGAAGCGGAGAGGUUUGCAUUUGCACUGGGGUUUAUCGAACAACAAUUGCUUUGCAUGGCGUCAUCUUGGGUCAUGAUGGGCGUUAUGUUUGCCUUUCGGUCACGAGCAUCAAGACGAAUGAACUCGUAA